CAUUUUCGGGGAGAAGAAGAAAGAAAAGAUGAUUCAUGGAGACGAUCAAACUAAGUCUGCUAAACAUGAGAGUAGUUCUGCAGCUAUGGACAUGAUCAAGAAAGUCAAUCGACCCGUAACUUUGAAGUUUCAAGACGUUUCUUACGAGAUCAAACUCAAAAACGGAGCACCAGGGAAAGGGAAAGUAGAGAAGACAAUCUUGAAGGGAAUAACAGGUUCAGUGCAGCCUGGUGAGAUGCUAGCCUUGUUAGGUCCAUCAGGUAGCGGCAAAACAACACUGUUAUCGGCUUUAGGAGGUCGUCUUGGCGGACGUCUAACCGGAAACAUUACGUAUAAUGGAAAACCUGUCACCAACUCAAUGAAUCGAAACACCGGUUUCGUCACUCAAGAUGACAAAUUUCAUGUUCACCUCACAGUAACAGAAACUCUUGUAUUCACAGCCCUUUUGAGAUUACCAAAAACCCUUUCCAAAGACGAGAAGAUUAAGCAUGCUGAAGAAGUAAUAAAUCAACUAGGUCUGACAAAGUGUAAGAACACCAUCAUGGGAGGUCCAUUUCUGAGAGGUGUUUCCGGGGGAGAACGUAAGAGGGUUAGCAUUGGGCAAGAAAUCCUUAUCAACCCAAGUUUAUUGUUUCUCGACGAACCUACUUCUGGUUUGGAUUCAACAUCGGCUCAGCAAGUCGUGACUUUGUUAUGGGAGCUAGCCAAAGGUGGACGAACAGUUUUGAUGUCAAUUCAUCAACCUUCUAGUAGACUUUAUUACAUGUUUAGCAAGAUCUUAGUCCUGUCAGAGGGCAACCCUUUGUAUUUUGGAAAGGGAGAAGAAACUAUGGAUUACUUCUCCGGCAUCGGAUACUCUCCAUCCGUUACUAUGAAUCCAGCAGAUUUCCUUUUAGAUCUUGCCAAUGGUGUUCAUAUGGAUGAAAUGGCCAUGGAUAAAAGAAAGGAAGUAAAACAACAACUUGUUUCUGCUUACAAGCAUCUCGAAGAUAAGGUGAAGAGGGAUGUUAGUCAGGAAAUGGAAGACCACUUGUUCCUAGAUUAUAAAGAUGAUAGUCGUUCAAAGGAUCAUGAUAAGGACUUUGAUAGAUGGAGUACAAGUUGGGGUCAACAAUUCUGGGUACUGUUGAGAAGGGAUCUUAAACAAAGAAAGAAUGAAUCAUUUUCAUUCAUAAAAAUCACUCAAAUUCUGGUCAUGUCGCUUCUUUGCGGGCUUCUUUGGUGGAAAUCUUCUACUGCUGAUUUACAAGACCAGAUUGGGCUACUAUUCUUUUACUCCAUGAUGUGGGGAUUAAUCCCACUUUUCCAGGCUUUAUUUACAUUUCCGCAAGAGAAGCUGAUGCUUACUAAGGAGCGAUCAUCAGGCAUGUACAGACUCUCAUCUUAUUUCAUGGCAAGAUCAGCAGGCGACUUACCAAUGGAACUUGCUUUGCCCUUUGGAUUUAUCAUCAUAACUUACUGGAUGGCUGGCUUAAAACCAACAGCUUUUCAUUUCUUCAAAACAUCAAUUGCCAUUCUAUACACAGUGCUAGUUUCACAUGGAGUAGGGCUCGCAAUUGGUGCACUGGUCAUGAAUCUUCGGUCUGCAACAAUAACGGCAGGAGUCAUAGUGAAUGCAUUCUUUCUAGUCGGCGGAUAUUACGUAAGAAACGUCCCAAAAUUUAUAGCAUGGCUCAAGUACAUUUCCGUCACCUACCAUAGCUACAAACUCCUAUUAAGUUCGCAAUAUAAGAGCGACGAGAUGUAUGCAUGCGGACCUAAUACCACUUGCAAAAUCGAGAGUAAUCCUACCAUAGAAAAGAUUGGACUUGGAGGUGAAGCCAUCUCAUAUCUUUCUUUAACUGCAAUGCUUGUGGUUUUUAGAACGAUUGCUUACCUCGCGCUCAUUAGGGUUGGAAAAGUGUCUCGUUAACGGGUUGUCAUGGAACCUUGACUUGAGACUUAUUAAUACACCAGCAAACUAGGGGUAAUUUCCAAAAAGUAAUCAGCAAACUUAAUACCCGCAUAUAUCAAUUAAGGAAAAGAUGUCAUUAAUUAGCAACGGAAAUACCAAUGGUACUGCUUGCUGGUACAUGCUAAUAGUUAUGUGCUACGUACCUUAUGAUAAUAUUUAUUAAUGUGGUUAAGGGAAACGAACUGCAAAAUGAUAUUUAUAGUUUUAUUCAAGAAUUUCAUAAAGUAUAUUGUUAUUCUUGCAUUUUGAUAAAAAGAAAAGGUUUUCUCUUUC